GCCGUCGGGCAAAACUCUCUCCUGCCUCUUUAGACGGACCGGACCUCGAAAAACUUUUGUACGGUUCUUCUCCCCGCUUCUGGGGGAGUUGCGCGUGCCGGCACGUGCCUGUUGGGGGGGGGGGAAAGGCUGCUGUAGAGUGUAGACAACUCCCGCCCCCACUUUUUAGUUACAGGCCGCGCAACGUGGGGCGGCUGCAAACCCGCUUUUAAAGGAGAGAUGGUCUCUUUCUCUUAUGCAACCUCUUCUCUUUUUCUGUCUUGUGCUUUUUUUACCACCACCCGCUCUGCAUGAUUUCUCUUGAAAUGGAAAAACCAAAGUAUAAAAAGCCUGAGCCUGAGUUUUGACAGCUCACUUUGCUGUUAAGUUGAACUUUUCUCCCCCCUUAAAGGUGCAGGUGCGGUAUGGGAUGGGAAGACAGUGGAAAGGUUUUUCCUUGAACCGCAACUGGGGCGCUGAAAGAGAGGUGCUGCAGGGUGUUAGGAAGGUGGUGCGUGAACUGGUGUAGGCAGUGGGUGAUCCCUCCUCGUUCUUUGCACCCUCUUUAAUAUUUUCUCCUGCGUAUCCCAGUUGCCAGGAGGGUUGCCUGACAUCCUCUGCCUUAACUGUCAUUUUUUCCCCUGCUGUAGCGAGAUUGCGGAGAAAGCGUGAACUGUCAGAAGAAGUACCAACUGUUGGCAUUCCUUCACUUCACCUUCCCAUUCCCCCUCCCCCUUCCAACUUGUGCGUAGGUCUCUUUCUACCUUGUGCAUAGCUGUGGUUAACCAUGCAAUGGAGCCAAGGAACACCAUGGGGGUGGACUUCGACGUGAAGACUUUCUGCCACAAUCUGCGGGCCACCAAGCCACCCUAUGAAUGCCCUGUGGACACCUGCCGCAAAAUCUACAAGAGCUACAGUGGCAUCGAGUAUCAUCUCUACCACUACGACCAUGACAAUCCACCGCCCCCCCAGAACACCCCUCUGCGCAAGCACAAAAAGAAAGGCCGGCACGGCCGCGCAACCAACAAGCAGUCGCCCAGCCCCUCCGAGACUUCGCAAUCCCCAGGACGGGACGUUAUGACUUACGCGCAGGCCCAGCGCAUGGUAGAGGUGGACCUGCACGGCCGCGUGCACCGCAUCAGCAUUUUUGAUAACUUGGAUGUGGUGUCCGAGGACGAUGAGACUCCCGAAGAGGCCCCAGAGAACAACAGCAACAAGGAGAACACAGAAACGCCCUCGGUCGCUCCCAAAGCCGGAAAGCACAAGAACAAGGAGAAACGCAAGGAUUCCAACCAUCACCACCACCACCACAGUGCCUCAGCUGGCAACACACCCAAGCUUCCCGAGGCUGUGUACCGAGAGCUGGACCAGGAUACCCCCGAUGCACCACCUCGCCCCACCUCUUAUUACAGAUACAUUGAGAAGUCAGCAGAAGAGCUGGAUGAGGAGGUUGAGUAUGACAUGGAUGAGGAAGAUUACAUCUGGUUGGACAUUAUGAACGAACGUCGGAAGACAGAAGGGGUCAGCCCUAUUCCUCAGGAGAUUUUUGAAUAUCUAAUGGACCGGCUAGAGAAGGAAUCCUAUUUUGAGAGUCACAACAAAGGUGACCCAAAUGCCUUGGUAGAUGAGGAUGCCGUCUGUUGCAUUUGCAAUGACGGGGAAUGUCAGAAUAGUAACGUCAUCCUUUUUUGUGACAUGUGUAAUUUGGCUGUGCACCAGGAAUGCUAUGGGGUCCCUUAUAUCCCAGAAGGCCAGUGGCUGUGCCGCCGCUGCUUGCAGUCACCUUCCAGGGCCGUGGACUGCGCCCUGUGUCCAAACAAAGGCGGCGCCUUCAAACAGACAGACGAUGGUCGUUGGGCCCACGUGGUGUGUGCUCUCUGGAUCCCCGAGGUCUGUUUUGCAAACACGGUGUUCCUGGAGCCCAUAGACAGCAUAGAACACAUCCCACCAGCCCGCUGGAAGCUGACCUGUUACAUCUGCAAGCAGCGAGGUUCUGGGGCCUGCAUACAGUGUCACAAAGCUAACUGCUACACAGCCUUCCACGUUACCUGUGCUCAGCAGGCUGGGCUCUACAUGAAAAUGGAGCCUGUCCGAGAAACGGGGGCCAAUGGCACUUCGUUUAGUGUCCGGAAAACAGCUUACUGUGAUAUCCACACGCCACCCGGCUCAAUGCGACGCUUGCCUGCCCUAUCCCAUAGCGAAGGGGAGGAAGAAGAAGAGGAGGAAGAAGAGGAUGGGAAAAGCUGGAGCUCGGAGAAAGUGAAAAGAGCCAAGGCUAAAUCCCGGAUCAAAAUGAAGAAGGCAAGGAAAAUUCUGGCUGAAAAGAGAGCAGCUGCCCCAGUGGUGUCAGUGCCAUGCAUACCUCCCCACAGGCUUAGUAAGAUCACCAACCGCUUGACCCUUCAGCGAAAGAGUCAGUUCAUGCAGAGGUUGCACAGUUAUUGGACUCUGAAGAGGCAAUCCCGCAAUGGAGUCCCCUUGUUGCGGCGGCUCCAAACGCACUUACAGUCACAUAGGAACUGUGAACAAGGAAGGCCAGCUCCUCCUCCUCCAGUGGCCAAGACUGAGCAGACUCUGAUGUUCCUGCAGCGAGAUAACACAGAGGAUAAGAACUGGGCCCUGAAAGAGCAGCUGAAGUCCUGGCAGCGCCUCCGCCACGACCUGGAACGAGCGCGCUUGCUGGUGGAGUUAAUUCGCAAGCGGGAGAAGCUCAAGAGAGAGACGAUUAAAAUCCAGCAAGUGGCCCUGGAGGUGCAGCUGACUCCCUUCCUCAUCCUCCUGCGCCGGACCCUCGAGCAGCUCCAGGAAAAGGACACGGGCAACAUCUUCAGCCAGCCGGUCCCGCUGUCUGAGGUAACAGAACUCUACGAAGUCCCAGACUACCUGGACCACAUCAAGAAACCGAUGGACUUCUACACAAUGAAGCAGAAGCUGGAGGCCUAUCGCUACCUGAACCUGGAUGAGUUUGAGGAGGACUUCAAUCUGAUAGUCAGCAACUGCUUGAAGUACAAUGCCAAAGACACCAUCUUCUAUCGGGCAGCCGUUCGGUUGCGGGAACAAGGGGGCGCCGUGCUGCGACAAGCACGCCGGCAAGCUGAGAAGAUGGGCAUUGACUUUGAGACCGGCAUGCACUUCCCCAUGGCUGGGGAGGAGGCCCCUCUGCGAAGCACCGAGAAUGAUGAGGAGCGGCUGCUGCUGUCGGAAAACCAAAAGCACCUGCCUCUGGAAGACCAGCUGAACCUCCUGCUCGAGCGUCUGGCCGAGGUGAGCGCCGGGAAGCAAAGCGUGAGCCGCUGCCGGCAAACCAAGAUGAUCAAGAAGGAGAUCACCGCCUUACGGCGCAAGCUGGCACACCAGCGGGAGACAGGGAGGGAUGGGCACGGCCCCUUGGCCCGCAUCAUUCUGCCGACCCAUAACCCCUGCGAGAAGGACCCUCAAACUGACAGCGCCGCUGAGGAGAGCAGCAGCCAAGAAACCAGCAAAGGCCUUGGCCCCAAUUCCUCCUCCACCCCAGCACACGAAGUCGGCAGGAGAACAUCGGUGCUCUUCUCCAAGAAGAAUCCCAAAACCGCUGUACCCCCAAAGCGUCCUGGGCGCCCCCCCAAGAAUCGGGACAGUCAGCUGGCUCCAGGUCAUGGGAACAGCCCCGUGGGGCCUCCUCAGCUCCCGAUCAUGGGAUCCCAGCGGCAGCGCAAGCGGGUGAGGAGCCCACGCCCCAGCUCCAGCUCCGACAGCGACAGCGACAAAUCGGCUGAGGAUGCUCCCAUUGACCUACCAGCGAAUGGUUUCAGCAGCAGCAGCCAGCCGGUCAAGAAGAGCUUCCUUGUCUACCGCAGCGGAUACAACCUCCCACGCAGCAGCUCCGAUUCCGAGUCAAGCAGCACCAGCACCAGCAGCGCAGCCUCAGAUCGCACCAGCACUACUCCUUCCAAGCAAGGUAGAGGGAAGCCUUCUUUCUCCCGGGUAAACUUCCCAGAGGACAGCAGCGAAGACACGUCAGGGACAGAAAACGAAUCCUAUUCGGUGGGGACCGGCCGAGGUGUGGGCCAUGGCAUGGUCCGGAAGAGUAUCAGUCGAUCGGCUGGCUGGCUCUCUGAAGAUGAAGAUUCCCCUUUGGAUGCCUUGGACUUAGUGUGGGCCAAAUGCCGGGGUUACCCAUCUUAUCCAGCUUUGAUCAUUGAUCCGAAGAUGCCCCGGGAAGGGAUGUUCCACCAUGGUGUCCCCAUUCCUGUGCCUCCCUUGGAGGUAUUGAAGCUGGGAGAGCAAAUGACUCAGGAAGCACGGGAGCAUCUCUACCUGGUUCUCUUCUUUGACAACAAGCGCACCUGGCAAUGGCUGCCCCGUACCAAACUCGUACCCCUCGGCGUAAACCAGGACCUGGAUAAGGAGAAGAUGCUGGAAGGCCGCAAGUCCAACAUCCGCAAGUCUGUCCAGAUUGCCUACCACCGGGCCAUGCAGCACCGGAACAAGGUGCAAGGAGAGCAGACCAGUGACUCCAGCGAGAGCGACUGACCCUCCGAGGGGCUCCCGCCCUGGGUGCUCACUCAGUGCAGCUGGACUGUACGGGAGAAGGGAGCAGGGAGCUCCAGCCUUGGGAAGCCUGGCUGCUGCAGGGACACGCACAGAGCACCCAACAGCUCCUCCAGUGUGCUGGGCACACCCACAGAGCACUGUGCCCUUCACGUGGGCAAAGCCUACCUCUUGUGCCAGCCUGCCCUUCCUUGUUCCAUGCCUGGAAUUGCCCUGACCAGCUGCACGAGCAAUACCCAGCUGCCUGCAUAGCUCCUAUGGGCAGUACCCUAACUCUCUGGGUCUUAAGGCUCUAGACUUUUGUAAGAUACUGUAUAAUAGUGGGAGAAUGUAAAUUAUUUGGGCUGCUCCGUACACCUACCCCUCCCAACAUACAGAGUCUGGCCCCGUUUCCCUGCAUCAGAGCACCUGUCCAGAUCCAUCAGCCUUUCCUCGGCCCAGCCCUACCGACACUCUGCAGAGCAGGGCCGCCGUCUUCUCACUUGCACAUUUUGAUACUAUAGCUUUUUGGAAUCUGCCUGACCCCCCCCCCUUCAGCUCUCUCUCCCUCCCUCCCCCACCUUGUAGAAACCUGGCUCUUUCUGCUGCAGCCGGGUGGGCAUUUGUACUUGUAUUUAUUUUGGAGAAAGAAGAUCUCUAUUGAUUCUUAGAAAAUAAAAUGGCUCU